CUACAGUGUCUUCUUCCUUUCUUCCUGGUGCGAAUCGGGUCGAACCGAAUCCGGAAUUCCCAGCUCAAUCAUCUCUCCGAUUCUGCCGUUGAUUCUUGUCACUCGUUAGGUAAUCGAAAAAUCCGAUUUUCUAAUUCCAAUUUUAGGGCUCAUCCAACAUACACUGCAUUGAAUUAUCUUAAUGUUUGUUUUGCCCUAAUAAGUAAAUAAAAAAAAGAACCAAUAAUAUUUGCUACUCCUAAUUUGUUUUGGAGUUAGCUUAAAAAAUAGGAGCCGCCAAGUCUUCACUCCCAAUACUCUUCCCUUCUUUCCAUCGCUCUCUGAUUUCCGGCCGCCGCCAUUGUUCGCCACCAUGCCAACCGUCAGCGUUGGAAGAGACCGUCUGUUCGAAGCCCUAGGCUGUACUUAUACCUAUGAAGAAUUCGACGAAUUGUGCUUUAAGUUCGGUAUUGAGCUCGAGGAGGCUACAACAGAAAAAGCAAUGCAAAGAAAAGAGAAGCAUCUGGAGGAGGAGGCGACUGAGGAUGAUGGAGAGAUUAUAUACAAAAUUGAAGUUCCAGCAAACAGAUAUGAUUUGCUUUGUCUUGAAGGGCUAGCUCAAGCUCUCCGAAUAUUUGGUGGGCUUGAUCCGAUCCCUACAUAUAAGGUGGCAAAUGUUGGUAAAGAAUCUAUGCUUGAAAUGCGUGUCGGAAAAGAGACAUCCAAGAUUCGCCCAUAUGUUGUGUGCGCUGUCUUAAGAGGUGUAACAUUUGACGAGGCUAGGUACAAUAGCUUCAUUGAUCUACAAGAUAAGCUGCAUCAGAACAUUUGCAGGCGAAGAACCUUGGUUGCAAUUGGUACCCAUGACCUAGAUACAAUUGAAGGACCUUUCACAUAUGAGGCUUUGCCUCCUUCGGAAAUUAAUUUUGUGCCAUUAAAGCAGACCAGAAACUUCAGAGCUGAUGAGCUGAUGGAAUUUUACAAAUCGGAUUUGAAGUUGAAGAAGUUUCUGCACAUAAUCGAGAAUUCACCAGUGUACCCUGUUAUAUAUGAUUGUAAAAGGACUGUUUUGUCUUUGCCCCCCAUUAUCAACGGCGCACAUUCGGCCAUUACAUUGAAAACAAAGAAUGUGUUUAUAGAAUGUACAGCCACAGAUUUGACGAAGGCCAAUGUUGUUUUGAACACAAUGGUAACUAUGUUUUCAGUGUACUGUGAGCGGAAGUUUGAAGUUGAACCAGUUAAAGUAACAUAUCCUGAUGGAAAAUCGUUUGUUUAUCCUGAUCUCUCAAUCUACAAUAUGAAUGUGCCUUUGUCCUACAUCACUGGCAUCAUUGGAGUUAAAUUGCCAGAGAAUGAGGUGGCUAAUUUGUUGCAUAAAAUGCAAUUGCGUGCAGUGGAAUCUGUCUCAGAAAAUGCAGAAGUCAAGUUUGUCGUAUCGGUACCUCCCACAAGAAGUGAUGUCCUUCAUCCUUGUGAUGUAGCAGAGGAUGUUGCAAUUGCUUAUGGUUACAAUGAGAUCCCGAAGAGAAGACCUGCAUCAUUGAAGCCUUUACCUCUCAGUCAAUUUAGUGAUCUAAUUCGGUCGGAGAUUGCAAUGGCUGGUUAUACGGAGGUCCUAACAUGGAUCUUGUGUUCCAAGAAAGAAAUUUCUUCUAUGUUGAACAGUGAAGAGGAUAAGUCUGCUGUAAUCAUUGCUGAUUCGCGUACAUCUGAAUUUGAGGUUGUGCGGACUAAUCUCAUGCCUGGAUUAUUGAGAACCGUUGGACAUAACAAGGACCAUCCAAAGCCUAUGAAGAUUUUUGAAGUUGGUGACGUAGUCCUGUUAGAUGGCACAAAGGAUGUUGGUGCAGUAAACCGUCGCCACCUUGCUGCUCUGUAUUGCGGCGCUAACUCAGGAUUUGAGGGAGAUUUGGUUGCCAGUGAAAAUUUAAAUGGAAAGGCUGGCGGGCAUAUGAAAAUAGUUCUCUUGCCUCAGUCGCGAAUGUUAUUUCAUAAUGGAGAGCUGGACCUAAUUAUGAAUUCACCUUUGCCAUCCAGUCCCUGCAGAUUCUCUUUUCGUCUUCCUCUCAGAGUGACCCAUUUCCAUUUGCUCCCUCUGUUGCAAUUAGAUUGACCUACUUCCUUUUAUGAUCUUCCCUAAUUGGCCUCUCUUUAAAGGGCAAAAUUUUCUCCCUACAUAUUAUUUCAAAUUGGAUGUGACAUCUUUCAGUUGAGUUCUCCACUUUUACAUUAGGAACGAUUGUUUAAACACUUAUUUACCAAAGUUAAUAUAAUAAUCAAUUCAAACAUUUUGCUCUUAAAUCUUGUGCUAGUUAGAAUAGGUUGCUAUAUUGGAUUUGAGGGAGUAUCUUCUUUGUCAUGGAUCAUUGCAAGUAAAGAACUACUUGUAUGCACAGAGAGUUCUGGAAAAGUCCAUCAUUAGCUUAGGUGGGAGAGAAUAUUUUGUAAUCCUACUUCGACAUCAGUUGUGUUGUGAUGAUUUCUGCAAAUUCUAAACUUCUUAGCCAGGACCAAAUUUGGAAGGUUCUUGAAUAAAAUAUAUUUCGCCAUUUUGCUUAUAGGUGAAGUUCUACUCUAAAAAUAUCUUGAGUGGAACUUCCUUAAAUAUAAGAAGUUCUGUCUUCCAAGCAAUGGUUUGAUUGCUUCAUUCUGUUAUCGGAGUCAUAUGUAUAAUUAUAAUAGUCCUGUAGGUUGUGCACUAGCUUCUAGACACUCAAAGGCUUGACU